AUGCACAGAAUUGGUGUGAAAGACACGAAGAAUGUGUCACUGCUUUCAUCCACGAUAUCAACCAUUCAUCAAAUGCUAGUCUCCGGUCAAAUCAGUGCAUCGGAUCUAUUGAGACAAUGCCUGCAAAGAGCGGAUAAAACGAAAUCAUUGAACGCUUUCAUAACACUUACAGAAGACAUGGCGAUCAACGGAUCCCAAGAAUCGGACAAACGAUACAAAAGUGGACACCCGUUGGGCGUAUUGGACGGCAUUCCCAUCGCUUUCAAAGACAACAUCUGCACGAAGAAUGUGUUGACGUCUUGCGCGUCGAAAAUGUUAUCCAAUUAUAGGCCGCCGUUCAGCGCAUCGGUUGUCCAGCGGUUGGUCGACACGAAUGGGUCGGUAAUGACGGGGAAGACAAAUAUGGAUGAGUUCGCGAUGGGCUCGGGAUGUGUGGACGGGGUGUUUGGGCCCACAAUCAACCCCUGGAAGUCUGGUCUGGCGUUCAAAGUAUGCGAUAAACAAACUCAGGAAACGGUUCCCUUCGAAGACGUGCCACAAAACGAUUGGUACGUAAGUGGCGGCAGCUCUGGAGGAAGCGCUGUAGCCGUGGCCUCAGGCGCUGUGUUCGCCGCCCUGUCGUCGGACACGGGAGGGUCGACCCGAAACCCGGCCGCCAGAGUCGGUAUCGUUGGCUACAAACCCACGUACGGUCUGGUGUCGAGGUAUGGCUUAAUCCCGUUGACGCACUCAAUGGACGUGAUUGGAGUGAUGGCCCGUUGUGUCCAAGACGUGGCCCACGUGUUGGCGGCCAUCGCAGGACACGAUCCGCUCGACUCGACCACAAUCGACGACAAGAUUGCACUCGCGCUCAACGAUGACAUCGAUUUGUCGACACUAAGCGUCGGUAUUCCCGAUGAAUACCAGUGCGAAGGCAUGUCCGCGGAAGUGAUCGACACGUGGAGAGCGGUGGCCGACAUGUUGUCGGAGAGGGGCGCGAGAGUGCGAUCGGUGUCUCUGCCCAACACUCGCCACUCGAUAGCGUGUUAUUCAGUGUUAAACUGUUGCGAAGUCUCAUCCAAUUUCUCGUGUUAUGACGGAAUUGAGUUCGGCUUCAGAGCCGACAACUCCGGGCCCACACUCGAGGAACAGUACUCUAAGGCCAGACACGAGGCCUUCAGCGAUACGGUUAAGGGCCGGAUAUUCGCCGGCAAUUACUUCCUGUUGCGAGAGAACUACGAAAACUAUUUCGAGAGAGCGCUGAAAGUGCGGCGACUGAUCGCCAAUGACUUCGAGUCGGUGUUUGACAAACAAAACGUGGAUUUAUUGCUAACUCCGGUCACACUCACAGAAGCGCCGCUUCACUCGCAAUGGGUUACAAAGGAUAACAGACAACAGGUGUCCACCGAAGACUAUUGCACGCAACCGGUCAAUAUGGCGGGUCUGCCGGCCGUCAGUAUUCCCUGCAAACUCUCUAAGAACGGACUUCCCAUUAGUUUACAAUUAAUCGGCAAACGAUUGCACGACUUUCAUCUGUUAUCAAUCGCUAAAAAGUUGGAAAAUAUACUCAAUUUUCCGGUUCUAGUCUUCGACGACAACGCAAACACUGUUUGA